AACCAGAGGAGUUCCUCCCCACUCUCCCAGUGUGGAUUAUAAGCUCUGUAUGCUCUAUAUUGAUCAGUAUUUCACUAUAUUUCUAAUUCCAAUAAUCGAUUAUCAUGGAACCUAUAUGAAGUGGACAUAACAUCAACAUGUUGGUUUUAACAUGCAAAAGAGGACAUUACAGAUUUUUAAGUUAGGGCUCCUAGCAGUCAUCUUCAUGUAUGUCGGCAGCAAGUUGUUACUGGUCGUCACAUCCACAGACGAAGAUGAGGACGACAGCGCAUACGAUGAAAGCCCGACGUGGUCUGGCCUUCCAUAUCGGUGGCAGCCUUCAUACAGACGACUAUCAAACAUAAAGGAAUACAGGCGAAGGCACCCGAAACAUCUACACUUGUAUAAUCUAUCAAAAGCCGCAAAUUCAAGUGACGUCUACAAAUGCGUCAAGAGCGGUACCGUCCCAUCUUUCCCGAUCUGUGUUUACAACCCAGUUGAAGAUAAGUUUAUCUCCGCGGCCUUGCUAUCCAAUGGAAUAUGGGAACCGUAUAUGACGAGGGGACUUCAAGCAGUACUGAGGAAAUAUCCUCAAGCAACCUUGAUCGACAUCGGCGCCAAUAUCGGCUACUUCUCUUUCCUUGCAGCAAAAAUGGGUCAUGAUGUCGUAGCUAUCGAACCGUAUAAUCGAAGUGUGUUGCACUUUCACCGCGGCGCUGAGGUUGGUGGUUUAACAGACCGCCUCACAUUGGUUUACAACGCUAUAUCUGAUAAACACACCUCGGUGACUUUGAAAGAUAACAACGAUAAUAAGGGAGGCAUAUCCGUCAGAAUACCUGAUUCACCGAGCAACAAAAAUCGGAUCAGUACAAUCACUCUGGAUGACUUGUUACAAGUUGUCGAUAAUCAUGUCGCCGUGAUAAAGUUGGACAUAGAGGGUUACGAAUGUCGAGGGAUGGGCAGAGCAAAGAAGUUUCUCGCAAAAAUCCACGUUCCUUACGUGCUUAUGGAAUGGCAGAAGAUGUUCUCACAAAAGUACAAACUAUAUACAGCAUGCACGACAAAAGCAAUGAAGGAAUUGACGAAUUUUAUGGUUGAUUUAGGCUAUUCACCAUACGAGAUAAGGACUGGUUACAAACUGCUUCCAGGGGGCAGCACCUUUGAAUGGAGGUUUGGCGACCUCUUUUGGAAACAUUCGGAAGCAGAGGACAUUGAUCUUGCAACUGAUAUAAUACCAACCUGAGAUGUGCUGGGUCGUUUCAACGGAAUCGAUUGAUAUUUUGAAUUCCUGAUUGACCAGGUUUGGGCUAAGGAUGUGGAAGAAAAGAAAUAAGGUCAAUGAACACUCGAUUGGAAUUACACCACUCCUUGCUUCCUAUAGCAGCAAUAGAGGCUCUCCUGUCGCAUACUGUCCGAUCACAAGUCGUCAUUUCGACUUAAUCAAGGCUGUGGUUGUCACUGCGCCAACUACGAUGGAUUUAAUGGUUAUAUCUUCAACUUUCGCUUCUUUAUGAAACUGCUUACGACAUUUGUGUUUGUGGGGGUACAGUUGAACAUGUUUUCGUUGUUUGUACGUGACACUUUGAUUGUAUUUUGUACCGGAAAUAAAAGAUGAGUUCAAAUAUUGAUAUGGAUGCCUCGGCGAAGACUUGUUCGGAUCGCCAUAUUGUUGUCCCUUUUAGUGUUAGUUUCAGUUGAACGUAUUAUGGUUUUGGGAGUUUGGCAUUGAGGAAAUAGCCUCUGAAAUCGAAGGCGCCAUCUUUCAUGUAGGUUUCGGAUGAAAAUGAUAUGUCGACCAUGCGAUUUCCAUCAAGAAAAAGGUUUUCUUCCUUGCGCAAAAUAAUAGAUGGAGCAACGUAGGCAAUCCUCUCUGUGAUAGAGAGGUAUUCAACUAAGCUGUUCAACGCGGGUUCUGUUAAGAAAAUUAAUAUAGAUUUGACAUAGUUUUAUUCAUGUUUCUUGUGCAGAAUGUUGAGAUUCAAGCGCUUUUACCAUCGGCACAUGUACAUACACGAUUUCUGCACAUUUCGAUACCUUAUAAUGGGAUACAUUACCCCCCCCCGCAUUACCAGAAUACGUCAAUUAGCCAUGGACAGUAAAUUAAUCUUGUGUCCGUGCUUCAGCAUACACGGGAUUUUACCGCUUUAUUGUUAAUUAUGGUUGUAUGAGGUGGUGAAGUAUUUUAAUUUGAACCUUGGCUUUGAUUGUCUUUAUAUAUUUCAUCAGUAUGUUACA